UUUAUUCAUUUGGUUGCGAGGGGAUAAUUCUCUUCAUACCAUUUGUCUCUAUCCUAUCCAAUUAUUAUCCUAUCCAAUAGUAUACUAUCAAUUGUCAAUUGUCAUUCACGUACAUCAAUAAGUCUAACAUCAUGACUACCUACUAUGCAGCUCCCCGCGAGAAGCGUUAUCACAAAUAUAAGAAGGUUCUUUACCUAGAACCUCCCACCAACGGUAGCAAGACCGUUCGCACCCGCGUUACCACCAUUGUCCCUCCCCCUGAGCCCGAGCCCGAGUUUAUGCACUGUCCAUCACCCGCCCCGGCGCUCCCAGAGCCCAGGUAUACGCCGCCGCCGGUCAUAGUCGAACCCCUACCGCCGCCGCCUCCUCCACCUGCAUCUGUACACUACUAUCCUCAGCCUGAGCCUGAGCCUAUGCCUAUGCCUAUGCCUAUGCCUGUACGUGAACCCUCGCCGGACGUCGGGAUCGAGGUCAUCGCAGUAGACGUAGACCCCGACCAGUCCAGCAGAUCCGGCAGGUCCAGGUCUUCGAGGAGCUCCAAGAGCUCGUCGCGAAGCUCCAAGUCAUCGUCGCGCAGCAGCGGCAGCGGCCACAGCAGACAUGGCCGAGAUCGCGAGGUCUACAUCGAGCGGGAACGCAUGGUGCCCGUUCGCGUACCCGUGCCGUAUCACGUACACCACGUCGAGUACGAGCAGCCCCAGCAAGACUCGUUCCGUUACAUAGAAGCCCCCAGGCGGUACGAGCCCCCGCGCCGGCGGAGUCCAGAUCACGAGAUCGUCAUCGAAGAUCAUCGUCACCGGAAAUACAUCCGCGACGGCUAAACGCAACAACCCUGCGAUCUAGCUUGUAUUAUAUAUAUACCUACCUAUAUAUUACGAUAAAUGUUUUAUUUACCUCAUGAGAUAUGGGCGGGAGUUUGGAUUAACGUUUUAAGAUUGUCACGAGACUACGAGUACGAAACCGUACGGAAGUCAUGAUCUGCGAUUGGGAGUCUUUUUAUAUUUAUUUGGAACUUGGAGCCUCAGAGAGAGAGAGAGAGAGAGAUACGAGGAAUUUGGAGUUUGAAAGUACGUUUUGAGUUUGCCUGUACACAUUUACGGGGACAUACCGACUGCCGGCCAGGCUAUUUCCUAUAUUAAUACUUUAUAAUGUAUAUCACAUCACGGAGCAGCAGUACUGCCCGGACUGUUUGAUGUUAGGCGGUAGUGGUACUACCCAUACAAUUAGGACUAAGACUUAAG